AGCGUCAACGGAACCAUUCUCCCGGCGCCAGUGUUCUGCCCCAGGUCCAAGAAUUUCCUCCCACUCUUGUCCACUCCUCCGAUUUGCUCUCCUGAUCCUUCCGGUGUCAAACGGUCAUUGUCUUUCCACUUCGCUAAUUAAGACCAUUCCCAAACCGCUUGGCUUGGUCCUCCCCUUUAUCCACCUGGCCCUUUCAUAAGUUCAUACCACGUCCGGCACUGCAAUCAUCACGUCUCUUGUCUCCAGUUCUCGAUUGAUCCGGCCAAUCCUUUACCAACAACUAUUUACAUCUGUAUUGUAUCAAUUACCUAUCGAUCCAAUGGUGCACGCCGUUCCUUCACCACCGCCGAGGCCCACGGCGGUGUCAAAGACCUCUCAUAAUCCCAAUGGCGACCACCAUGGCAUUCCCGUGUCGUCCACCUCGCACCCGGAUAACCCGGUGCCAGAAGAACCUCGCGGCGUGAGGUCAUUGUCGAUCACCGAUCUGAACUUCAAUGUCUCUCUAUCGGAGACCGACAUCACUCCCAGCUCAGAGACUCCAUCGACUCUCCCUACUGAGCCUCAGUCUGACGCUGAAGAGGUAGCCCAGAAAAAGUCCGAGGAAAAUGGCACUGGACAUCGACGACGAGCCUCUACCGUGCUCAUUUCCCAGAACUCUGCUGAUAUGAGACGGGUUCUGCAAAAUGUCGGUGCCCCAGGAACGCAGAAGAUCCAACCUCUGUGUUGUGGCGGAGGAUGCUGCCGUAGUCAGCCUCUGAUCAGAAGUGACGGACCAGUCUCCGGAAUUCUUAUUACUCCGCCUCAGAAUAAGGCUUACGAUGCCCUCAAACUGAACGUCGAUCUCCUUACCGUGGACAGUGAGCUCACCGACGUUGUGGACCUUCCAGCAAAGACGGUGUCUUUUGCCGCUAUCCCUACAUCGGCGGUCGAGAUGAAACUGGGACCUGAGGAUCACCCACCCCCGUUUGUCCAGCCUCAUCCCCCAUACAAUGUGUAUCGUGCUCCGCUUUACCAUGCACGAGAGCUCACCGGAUCGGGCGCUGAAAAGCGGACCUACCACUUCGACAUCGACGUGACCGACUACCCCGCAGAAAGUGGCAACGUCGACUUCGUCGUUGGUGGCGCAAUCGGUGUGUGUCCCAUGAACAAACAGGAAGAGGUCGACGAUAUCUUCAACUGCCUUGGAGUUCCCAAGUCGAUCCGUGAUAAGAAGAUCAUAGUGCGCACUACCACGGGCCGGUGGCCCACGAUCUGGGGCGACGAGCAAGCUCGAGAAUUGAUCACUACUCGGAGGGAGCUCCUGAACUGGUGCUCGGACAUUCAGAGUUACGCACCCUCGAAGGACCUGUUCCGCCUGCUGGCCGAGUACGCCAGCGAGCCAAACGAGAAGAAGAUCCUCAUGUUCCUCGCCUCAGCUCAGGGGCAGGGUGCCUUCUGCGAUCUUCGCACCGCCUCACAUGUGUCAGUGUCCCAACUGCUGCACGCAUUCCCCUCCUCUCACCCACCUUUGGACCACCUUCUUUCCGUUCUUAACACUUUGAUGCCCCGUUUCUACUCUCUGUCGCAAGACCCUCUCCUCUCCUGCGGCCAAAAGGGCGGCCAAUCCCGCCGUCUUGUCGAAGUUGCCGUUACGGUGGCAGAGUCCAAGGACUGGAAGGGCGGAUUGCGAACUGGUGUAGGAUCUGGAUACCUUGAACGGCUGGCACGGCAAGUGAUGGAGGCGGAGCGACAGGGCAUCGACCCUCAAACUCUCAACCUCCAUGUCCCCAUGUUCCGGGGGCUGAUGGCCAACCCAUUGGCCAAGCGGUUUGCCUCGGACGGCCCGAUGCUCCUCAUUGGUGCCGGCGUGGGUAUUGCCCCCUUCCGUGGUUUCGUUCAGCGCCGUUUGCAGUCGGCCAACUGCGCCAACAAGGUGUGGGUGCUGCAAGGUGUGCGCGAUUCCCUCCUGGACGAGCUCUACCGAGGCGAGUGGGGCGUCGAUGAGGAGAAGGUGCGAACUGUGGUCCAGAGCCGCCGUGGCGAGAGCAGAUACGUUCAGGAAGAGGUCCGUCAUCAAGCUGACUUGGUGUGGUACGUUAUCAAUGCCCUGGACGGACGUGUCUUCGUCUGUGGUAGCGGAAAGGGUAUGGGUGAGGGCGUUGAGGCUGCUCUUGUCGAUGUAGCUAUGGCCAAGGGCAACUUGAAUGAGGAGGAAGCGAAGUUGUUCUGGGACAACAAGAAGGAAGCUGGUCAGUACAUUGCUGAAACUUGGUGAUGGCAUAUAUAUCUUUCUCAAGAGCUGAGUUGAACUCGGCUGUCAUACAUUUGGGUCUUCGUACUAUGUUGUAACUCACGCGAUGGAUAUUGUUCGGAUUUACUGGGUUAAGUACAUCGUUUGCUUUUGUUUGCUUGUAAUUAGCGGGGUGGUUUUCUGUUUCUUCCCUGGUUGAGCCAGGUUUUUUAUUUCCGUCAAAACUAUGGUUUGCAUCAUAGAUUAGCUUGGUAGCAAUACCAAAUCGACAUUCCUACAUUCCUGAAUUAUACUGUACUAUAUAUAUAUAUAUAUAUAUAUUCACUAUACCUACUAGUAUGAACCCUGAAAUCGAUUCUAAUGAUCUAUGCUCUCCAUAAGCGAGGAAAGACCUUACCUAGUAGCUAUCAUUGAGGAAAACUGCGUGCCAUAUACAAAUCCCAGUAUCAUACAAGCCCUAGUUCUCCUUUAAAGUGACGAUCAACAACAACCUCGAUUAACAAACAACCGUGUUCCAAACUAUAAAUUUAUUGUUUGACUAAAUCAUACAGAGG